CCACCGGAUGUCGCUGUGUAGCACAGCAUCUUCAGCCCCGCAUCCCGUGAUCAUUUCCUGGCUGCAGAGCGUUCCUUCUCCUCCCUUUGCUUACUCCGCCAUCCAGGUCCCUCUCGCUGUGAUUGAGCUUCUAUCGCUCCCGCACUGAGCUGUUGGGGUGCGAGACCUUGUGUGUUGCUGGCGUGGAUUUGCCGUUCGACUUCGGAAUUAGGUUUUGCUGGGUGCCGGGGUAUCACCUGAUCUGACAAUGGAGGGCAGGAGGAUGAGCACCCGGAGCCGCCGUGCCAGUCCUCUCCCCGUGUCUCCCAUCAAGCAAGCUCUGAUGGCCAAUGUUAUGGCAGCGGGGAAGGGCACUGGAAAGAAUAGCACGCGCAAGGUGCUGGCAGACAAGACGAACGCAACUCCCGUCGCUGGGCUGGUUCCCGUGAAGUCGGGCAAGAAGGCCUCAGCUGCCUCGAAGAAGGGAGAGAGCACCCCGUGUGGCAAGAUGCGUCCACUGGAGCAGGCAGAAACGCCAGUGAUGCGCGGCGAGGAUUUGCUUCGUUCUCUGGUACACAGCAAUCUUGCAAUGAUUCAGACUCCAUCCAAUGGCGUCUCGAGUCAGAGUCCCCAAGCUGACACACCCCAGUUCCGCGUUUCGACCGUGUCGGCACAUGUGGGCAUCCAGGAGGCGGAGGCUGCCGCGGAGCUCUCUACAGCAUCCGAGCAGGCCGAGGUCAUCGACUCUUCUCCCCAAAAUGGAGUUGCCUCCGUGUCAGAGAGGCUGUCAUCAGCCUGGGUAGGACAGGAUGUUGACGACGUGACCGAAGAAGCUGGGGAUGAUGCAUCUGACUCGGACUGCUCCGUGGUGGUUAACGUGAGUUCACCCGGCGUGAGCCAGCACUUGGCUGCAUCUCCUGCGCCUUCAACCGUUCAUCCGACGACCCCUGAAACUGCCGACUUCAAGUGGCAGCGAAGGGAAUUUGUGAAGGUGAAAGAAGCUGAAGAGAGCUUCGACUACUACGAGGGUGAUGAUUGCGAAGAACGUGAGGAGUAUGACGAUGAGGAGUACGAACAGGUGGAUUGUGACGAUAUCUGUUACGGGGUUAGUCGCAUCAAGGUCGCCGAGGGCCUUCCCGAGCACAAGGGGCGACACAUCCGUUUCAAUUACAACAGCGACGACGAGGUUGACAUCGAGGAGGUUGACGUGCUGCGUCUGAGAGGGCUGCCAACACCAAGGGGGAAGCACCUUCGGUUCCCCGAAGACGAGGACGUCCCCUCACCUCAAGGGGGUUUGUAGAGGCAUCAGCAUUGACAAUGGAGCGCGAUGUACAUGUUCACGAAUUCAGUGUAGCGUUUAGUGACACCAUGACGUGCUCAGCAUUCGCUGACCAGCCAUACUGUCAUCCAGAGAGAGAGAGAGAGCGAGCGAGCGAGUGGUCAGUUUUGCGACGACACUGGAGCCAGUGCAACCGUGUGUAGCUCUUGUGGCAUUACGACGGCACAUGCCCCGGUCCUCUUAGAACAAACUUGAAGUGUAAUUAUGCACCUCAUUUCGGUAUAUACAUUGUUGGUAUCUGCAACCAACUGAAAAGCAUAUUGGUAUCUC